AUGGUUAAUGAAAUGGAUACAAAUUUAUUGCCAGGAGAAAAUUAUAAGCAACAGAGACUUUUAUUUAAUCACCAAGUACAAAAAUUGAAGUUUGAUUUGGAUGCUUUAGAAAUGUUUCCAAUAAAUUUAGAAACACUUUUAUCUAUAUUAAUAACUACUGCCAGUUACCUUCUUCUAUUCAGCCAAUUAAAUUUAACUUUAUAG